CCACGCCGUGUCCCCCGGCUGCUCCGUAUUCCCUUUAGAGCCUGCGGCCUCCAUGUCUUUACCCCGGUGUUCCCUGUUGUGGGCUCGGCUCCCGGCGGGGCGUCAGGCUGGUCACCGGGCAGCUGUCUGCUCUGCCCUGCGCGCCCACUUUGCACCCUUCCCUGGGGCUCUGGGGCGCGUUCCUGCCGUUGCCGCCGCUUCUUCCUCUACCUCCGGUGGCUCCAAAGCCCCGAACACGUCCUUAUUUGUGCCUCUGACGGUGAAACCUCAGGGCCCCAGUGCGGACGGGGACGUUGGGGCCGAGCUCACCCGGCCUCUGGACAAGAAUGAAGUGAAAAAGAACUUAGACAAGUUUUACAAGAGGAAAGAAAUUCAGAAACUGGCUGCUGAUUAUGGACUUGAUGCUCGUCUCUUCCACCAAGCUUUCAUAAGCUUCCGAAAUUAUAUCCUGCAGUCUCAGUCUCUGGAUGUGGACAUCCACAUUGUUCUGAAUGAUAUUUGUUUCAGUGCAGCUCAUGUGGAUGAUAUAUUUCCAUUUUUCUUGAGACAUGCGAAACAGAUAUUUCCUGUGUUGGAAUGUAAGGAUGAUCUGCGGAAAAUCAGUGACUUAAGAAUACCACCAAACUGGUACCCAGAUGCCAGAGCCAUGCGACGGAAGAUAAUCUUCCAUUCGGGCCCCACCAACAGUGGAAAGACUCAUCAUGCGAUCCAGAAAUACUUGUCAGCAAAAUCCGGAGUAUACUGCGGUCCUUUAAAAUUGCUGGCACAUGAAAUCUUUGAAAAGAGUAAUACUGCUGGGGUGCCAUGUGACUUGGUAACUGGUGAAGAGCGGGUGACGGUAGAACCAGAUGGGAAACAGGCCGCCCAUGUUGCUUGUACUGUUGAGAUGUGCAGUGUUACAACUCCUUAUGAAGUAGCUGUGAUUGACGAAAUUCAAAUGAUUAAAGAUCCAGCUAGAGGAUGGGCCUGGACAAGAGCACUUCUAGGACUCUGUGCCCAAGAAGUCCAUCUGUGUGGAGAAUCUGCUGCAAUUGACCUGGUGACUGAGCUCAUGUACACGACUGGGGAGGAAGUGGAGGUUCGAACAUAUAACAGGCUUACCCCCAUUUCUGUACUGGAUCAUGCGUUAGAAUCUUUAGAUAAUCUUCAACCUGGGGACUGCAUUGUCUGUUUUAGCAAGAAUGAUAUUUAUUCUGUGAGUCGGCAAAUUGAGAUUCGAGGAUUGGAAUCAGCUGUUAUAUAUGGCAGUCUCCCACCUGGGACCAAACUUGCUCAAGCAAAAAAAUUUAAUGAUCCCGAUGAUCCCUGCAAAAUACUGGUAGCUACAGAUGCGAUUGGCAUGGGACUGAAUUUAAGUAUAAAAAGGAUUAUCUUUUACUCCCUUAUAAAACCUAGUAUUAAUGAAAAGGGAGAGAAGGAAAUGGAACCUAUUACUACUUCUCAAGCCCUGCAGAUUGCUGGCAGAGCUGGUAGAUUCAGCUCGAAAUUUAAAGAAGGAGAGGUUACAACCAUGACUCGAGAGGAUCUGAAUUUACUAAAAGAGAUUUUGAAUAGGCCUGUGGAACUUAUAAAGGCAGCUGGUCUUCAUCCAACUGCUGACCAGAUUGAAAUGUUUGCCUAUCAUCUCCCUGAUACAACACUUUCUAAUCUCAUUGAUAUUUUUGUAGAUUUUUCACAAGUUGAUGGGCAAUAUUUUGUCUGCAAUUUGGAUGAUUUUAAAUUUUCUGCAGAGUUGAUCCAACAUAUUCCGUUAAGUCUCCGAGUGAGGUAUGUUUUCUGCACAGCGCCUAUCAACAAGAAGCAGCCUUUUGUUUGCUCUUCAUUGUUACAGUUUGCCAGGCAGUUUAGCAGGAAUGAGCCCCUGACUUUUGCAUGGCUACGCCGAUAUAUUAAAUGGCCAUUACUUUCACCUAAAAAUAUUAAAGACCUCAUGGAUCUUGAAGCUGUUCACGAUGUCUUGGAUCUCUACCUGUGGCUAAGCUACCGAUUUUUGGACAUGUUUCCAGAUGCCAGCCUUAUUCGAGAUCUCCAGAAAGAACUAGAUGGCAUUAUCCAAGAAGGUGUACACAACAUCACUAAAUUGAUUAAAAUUUCUGAAUCACAUAAGCUGUUGCAUUUGGAGAACUUGCCAGCAGGGAGCCAGUCUCAUUUGUCAAGCACUUUAAAGAACCAAGCUAGAAGGAAGCGUGCCACCAAAACUCCAGGGCUGAAAGCUGCUGAGCCCCACAGCCCCGAGGCAGGAGACAAAUCCCUUGCUUCCAGAUUGGUGCAGCAAGGACUCCUCACGCCAGACAUGCUGAAGCAGCUGGAGAAAGAGUGGCUGACACAACAAACUGAACCUGGCAGUUACUCAAAAGGAACAAGGAGAAAGAAGAAGGAGCCUGACACGGAUUAGUUUUUUGUUUUUUAACUUUACAAAUAAAAAUCUAUUU